CAGCACCGAGCAUCCAGAGACAACUUAAACUCAGUCCAACAAACAUGUCGCGCACUAUUUGCCUAUCGAUGCUGCUGCUGCUGCUGGUGGCCGCCGUUGCCAUACAGGCCAAGCCCCACGAGGAGUUAACCAAGGAGCAUGUUCAUGAGGUGGCGGAAGAGUGCAAGGCCGAGUCGGGCGCCUCAGAGGACGAUGUGGAGCAUCUGAUGAAGCAUGAGCCUGCCGCAACGCACGAGGGCAAGUGCCUGCUCGCCUGUGUAAUGAAGAAAUUCGAAAUUUUGGAUGACGCCGGCAAGCUGAGCAAGGAGCAUGCCUUGGAGAUGAUCAAGAACUUGAGCAAGCACGGUGCUGAGAAGGACGCCGCCGCCGAGGAAAUUAUUGAUCUGUGUGAGGCUAAGGAUGUGCCAGAAGAUCACUGUGAUGCGGCUGCAGUGUAUGAGGACUGCAUUGUCGCGCAUAUGCGUGAACAUGGCAUUUCCACGGAGGAGUAGUUUCUCUAUACACUCUCCACGAUCAACCUGCAAGCGCUACAUGGCUAUAUGAUCUUCAAUUGUCCCAAUACAUAUACAAAUAUAUAAUUUUUUUUUUAACUAUACAUAGUCUUAAGCAUCUGAGCAAUAAACAGAGACAACUGCAAUUCAA